AUGGCACGAAAAGGGUCGAUUCUUAGUAUUUAUGUUGAAUCUUCAUCAACCAUAGAUUCACAAUAUAGAUUUGAUGAAUUGAAAAGAAGUCAAGCAAAUGAUGGAUUGUUAUUGAGGCCUAAGGGCGGAACAACAAUAAGAGGAUAUAAUUACCAAAUAGUCAUAUACUUGUUCUUGAAAAGGAGAUGGACAAGAAGGAUUAGAUUGUCAUUUCCACGUUUGUUUCAUCGAGAAAAUAAGGAGCAAAAAGUGGAGAAAAUGAGAAUAAAGCCACGUCUAACGAUAAGUGGAGAAAAUGAGAAUAAAGCCACGUCUAAUUUUUGUAAGAAAUUGAAGUGUUUUCUAAAAGACGUCGCAUGUAGUAUCUGGAAAUUUGGCAGGAAAUAACGACGAUGAUCAGGUCACGGCAUCAAUUUACGUCAUGACUUCGAUAAAAUUUAGUAACUUUAGUUUAAACGUUAUAUGUGUGCUA